AUUUAAGGGAUUUGUUAGGCUUUUCUUCAACCCAAUCUGCCUUAUCUCACUUUGUUGCAGUGGCCACUUGUGAAUUGUUUACACAGAAAAAUGCUCUUUAUUCUCGAGUGCUAAUCUACUUAUUAUCAUAGCCGCAAAGAUUAUUCUAGCAAUCAAGUACAGUAGGCUCACCGUGGUGCUGACAGGCGUUUCAAGUCACGUUUCCCACUUUUUGUCGGGGUGGAAAAUGGCAUAUGCUGGAGAGAGUCUGUCUGACAAAGACAACUUUACACAUGUCUUCUACAUCGGUAUUUGAAGCUGCUGCUGCUGGCGACAUUGACUAUUUGAAGUCACAUACUUCAGAGCUCUCUACCAAGAACGACAGAGGCUGGACCCCACUUCAUUUCGCUGCAAGAUAUGGUCAGCUGGACGUUGUGACGUACUUGAUAGAACAAAAGGUACCUACUGAGAUUACUAAUUCAGAAGGAAAGACGGCCUAUGCCCUUGCUGAAUUUUGGGGGUUCGACAAUGUAGCAAAACUAUUAGAGCCAGCGGAGGAUGCUACCUCUGCGAAGAACACUACACCAGCAGGAAGACACAUAUUCGCUCCGAACACCAUCAAUUACUUUGCUGGAAGUCCUCUCAACCGCUUCAGUUGGUUUAGAAGCGACAAAGCUGUUUUGGACCGUUUAGUCCGAUCUCAAACCUCACGCUUUGUUCUAUUGUCUUCCUUGAAGCCUCUCAUGGAUGAUUCGCAAGAACAGGCACAGCUAUACUAUGCAUCCUGGUCCGAGGUUGAAAAUCUGAUUGGUGACCCAUACGGUCAAAAGGAGGAUCUUACCGAGAUUGAUGUGCCUGCGCUAGUGUUUUUAGGUAUUGAAGAAUUUAACGGCGUCGCUGAGAACGGCACGGCUUAUUGGGCAUUGGAUGUGACGCCCAAUGGAUCUCGUAAAGGAGAUAUUGAACAACUUCAUCAAAAUCUUGAGAGCCGCAACAUCCGCUUUUAUGACCCUCGUCCAAAGGCAUUUGUACUCGAUAGAUCAUCUGCUGCGAUCUUUGCCCAGGCACGCGCGAUGAUCGAUUGGAAUCUUCGUAAUCAGUUUUGUCCAGCGUGUGGUCGACGUACUGUCUCCGCUGAAGCUGGUCAUAAGCGAAUUUGCCCUCCUCAAGCUGGUUCAGCCGAUGAAUCCGUGCCUUGCAUUAGCUCUAAAGGUGUCCACAACUUUGCCUAUCCUAGAACAGAUCCUGUCAUCAUUGUUUGCGUCAUACAUCCCACUGAGGACAAAAUAUUGCUGGGAAGGCAAACAGCUUGGCCCAAACGACAGUAUUCUUGUUUAGCAGGAUUCGUAGAAGCAGGCGAAUCAGUGGAAGAAGCUGUACGACGUGAAGUUCGUGAAGAAUCAGGAGUCAUUGUAUCAAACGUACUCUUCCAUUCCAGCCAACCUUGGCCGUUUCCAAACUCGCUUAUGAUGGGUUUUAUCGCUCAGGCAACCUCGACUGAGAUUAAAUUGGAGGACAAGGAGCUUGAACACGCUACUUGGUAUUCACGCGGAGAGGUCUUGGCAGCGCUAUCAGGACAAUCUGGGGCACCUUUCAACAUGCCGCCUGGAAUUGCCAUAGCUCAUCAGCUUGUGAAAAGCUGGGCUACCGAAGUUGAAUGGGGAGGAAACGGACUGAAUGCUAAAAUGUAGUUUUUGUGUGUGUCCAGAAAUAAACCAACGAAUUUUUUUCUCCUCAGCCACGGGUACAUGGUCACUCACGUUCGCAGUGACUUUUUCGUUACUUCUUAGUUCUUUUUCGUAAUGUCAUACCAAAAUCCCCCCGGUGCUUAUGGCUCUCCUGCCCAAAAUUACCAACGUCCUC